CACAGCUACAGUUCACCAGACCCACUUUGAACAAAAAUCUCCGCCUUCAAAAAAUCCGAACCAUCCAAAACUCUUUUCCACAACAAAAUCUUCUGAUAAAACCUCGAAUUGCAGCUUCAAAAUUCGCUUCACUUACAAGUUACAACGCAACAAUGUCGCGCGGGUCCGUGGAUUCGCUUCACGCCGUAGAAUCGUGCGCCUUCAAGCUCUUCAACUGGAGGCCCUUCGCCAAGUCGCUAGACUCCGAUCACGCCGCAGGGCCCGGCGGCGGACCCCACAGCAAGCGCCCCUGCCGUGCGGAUCGCGCCACGUCGUCGUUCUCCAUCGACGCGAUACUCGACAUGUCCAAGCUCACCCUCUUUGACGACGACCGUGCCCUAUCGCUAUCCGCCGCGCGCAAGCGCUGGCUCGCCCGAAAGCGCCGCCGCCGGGCUGGAUCGAGGUCGGUUUCCGGACGGAGCUCAGAUCGUAGGGGCGGCUGCUCGGUCGGCGCCUCCGGAGCCAACGGCACCUGCUCCGAUUUGCCGAUGGCGACGGGCGGCACGGAUUCGAGCGGGGAGCUGUUUGGAGACUCGAAUUGGGCGUCUGAUGUGAGCGAUAGGAACUCGAGGAGGGGGAGGGAGGGGAGCGGCGGUGGGGAAAGGGAGAAUUUGGGUGGUGGGUGUGGGCAAUUUGGUAAUUUGGACAAUCAGGGGACUGAAUCUGGGUAUGGGAGUGAGCCGGGGUACAGAGGUGAUGCGGAGCUUGGAUAUGGCGACGAGGAAGAAGAUGAUUCCAAAGUUUUGUUUUGGGGAGAUGAAUUUGGAGAUGCAUCUUCCAAGAUGGAAAAGGUCGGUAAAAACUCUCUGCAGAAAGCUCAUCACAGAUGCCGGCGUAAGAAGCAUGAUGUGAAAAUGGUUGAUACCCUAAGGUAGAGAUAAAUAUAUAAAGAAAGUGAGAGGCCCUCUUUGAUAAUAUGUAGAGUUGUUUCCAUCUAUCCAUGGUCAUCAUUCAAUGUGAAGGGAUUGCAUUUUUUGUUUCUGUCAAGAUUCAACUUCUUGUCGUUGAAGCUCUCCUCAAAUCGAAACACUUCUUGUCAAAGUAGUUUUUCGUUUUUUUUUUUUCAACANUCUGUACAUCAUUGCAUAUGUGUUGAAACAAUUCGGAUUUUAUU